AUGUUAAAUAAAUUAAUUUCCAAGUCAGAUUCAAAAAUUAAUGAAGGAGAAUUACGAUUUGAUCAACUUCAAAAACAUUUUGAUCAACUUAAUAUUCAAUAUGCAUUCGGCUCUGAAGAUGCUACCGUACCGAUUAAAGAAUAUUAUCAAACUGAUUCAUUUGAUACAUUGAGAAUCUGGUUUAAUUCAAUUGAAAAAGCAUCAUUACUCAAUGUACAUAUGGUUCAGCCUAUUGCAGCUUCAAAUCAAAGUAUUAUUCCAAGUCCUUUUCUACUAUCAGCAUAUGGAAUUGAUAAUACCGCUACAGCAAAUGAUAUAUUACAAAGAUGGUGGUAUAUAUUCAACCAGUGUUUACAAAGAAAUAUAAGAAUUAUUGGUUUUUCUACUGAUGCUGAUGCUAAAUACGUACGCGCUAUGAGAUUAAUGAGUGGUUUUUUCGGAUCUCUCCCUAAUUUUCAAGUUCAUCGACAUCCACAAGCUUUUGAAAUAAAAACAACAUCACAUUGGCCUUGGUUUUAUUUACGUGAACAACAGGUUUUAUUAUUUUUUCAAGACGCAACACAUUUGGUAACCAAAUGGCGUAAUCGUUUAU